CACGACCACCAAAUUCUCAGCAUCCUCUCUGUCCAUCUCCUACAGAACUCACAAUACGCGUCAAAAUGGCAGAUGGAAUGGGCACCGUGAUCACUAUCAACAAUUUCGCCACGGAAAUGUCUCAAUUCAACCCAGACACCGAGUCGAGUCACUUAUACGGUCUUGUUGACAUGGGCAGCAAUGGUAUCCGUUUCUCCAUUUCAGACCUAUCUCCUCCUCGAAGCCGACUUCUCCACUGUGUAUACCGCGAACGUGCUGGUAUCUCCCUCUACGACGCCCUUCACGAGUCGACUCCUGACGCCAAACCCUUCCACUUCUCGAAGCACACCAUAGACGAAGUCGCGCGAACAAUGGGCAGAUUCAAGGGAAUCUGCAAUAGCUAUGGGGUUCAUAAAGAUCAUAUCAGUGUGUUCGCAACAGAGGCUAUGCGUACUUCGAAGAAUAGGGACGAAAUGCUGCGGGCAAUCAAAGAGUCCAGUGGAUUGACUGUUGACAUCCUAAGUCCAGGCAUGGAAUCCCUGUUUGGAGCUAUGGGUGCCCGGAGCGGGUUUACAAAUGUGAAUGGGCUAUUCAUGGAUCUUGGAGGAGGUAGUGUGCAGAUGACCUAUGUCGAUUCGACUGCGGACGCCAGCUACGAUGUUCUCGCAGCAGAGGCAGCAACAAGCAUGCCUUUCGGUGCUGCAAAACUCACUGCGGCUUUGAGCACACAAGACACGGCAGAAGCUGCCAAGACAGAAUUACGGGCAAGCAUGAAGACGACAUUCCAGGGCCUUUGCCAAAGGUUCCCACGGUUGAGAGAGCAAGCCGACAGCCACGAGGGAGUCACCAUAUACUUCUGUGGAGGAGGCUUCCGAGGAUAUGGCAGCCUUCUCAUGCAUACAGAUCCUGUUCAACCCUAUCCUAUACCAGCGAUUGGAGGCUAUACAGCACCUGGACACAGGUUCAUCAAGUGGAGGGAGAUGCUACAUGCCAAUAAUUACGAGGAUGGUAAGAUACACGGAAUGUCGAAGCGCAGACGGGAGCAGUUCCCAGCCAUUGCUACCGUCGUCCAAUCGCUUGUGGAGGCUAUUCCUAAGAUUAAGGAAGUAACUUUCUGCAGUGGAGGGAACAGGGAGGGGGUGCUAUACAUGAAGCUUCCAUCUUCAGUUCGUGAGCAGAACCCAAUAUCUUUACUUCCAGGUGGAGCUCCGAACCAAGAUCACAAAGUGCUCGAUGCCGUAACAUCAUUCAUGCACUCUGCAUUGCCAGACGGCUAUCCCGAGGUCUUGUCGCCGGAGCUUCUUCUGCAUAUAGUCAAGAAUGUCUGGCAAGAUGCAGGCAAUCGAGAUGAUGCCAAUGCUGCGAGAGCAUUGCAUGAUCCGAUCUCAGGUCAUACAGCUGGUCUUCCAGGCACCACACAUGAGAUGCGCGCUGUUCUGGCUCUGAUUCUGUGUUCGCGCUGGGCGAGUGAUCUCGGGCCAGUGGAUCAAAGAGUGCAGCAAAAUUUACAGGCUUUGAUAAGUCCAGAAUUGAGCUGGUGGUGUGAUUACGUGGGAACAUUUGUCAGGUUUCUUGCUACUGUUGUUCCUGUUUUCCCACGUAGUCCGCAAGCUCUCGGUGAGGCUGUCAAGAUUCGCAAGUGCUCAACUGGCCAUGGACUUGGCAAGAAGGGCCACAAGGUAGGAAUCAAGCUUGAGCUAUCUGUGUCGUCCAAGUGUGGACUCUCUGCUAUGGCACUGGAAGGCAUAUUUGGAAAAGUGGGGAAAGGGGUAAGUUUGGGAUGGAAGGUAGAGGCAGAUGUUACGCUUGACGAAUUAGAACGAUGAGAUACCCCUGCAAUAGAUCAAGAUUAUAUGAAUAUGCAUUUGACCAC